AUGACCUUGGGCUCGCCACAGGUAUACUCCCGCACCCCGUUUCGCGCCAACCUUUCCGGGAUGGCGCUCUCGCCCAGGCACCGCUUCCACAACGCGGUUGUGGAGCAGGACAUUCGGGACGCCAGGUCCUGCCUGCUGGGCAGCCCGUCCCAACCCAUUGCCUGGGGCCCGGAGUGGCCCGGAUGGACGCAGCUCUCGGCGCGGCUGGGCCUGCGCGGAUCGCGCGAGGCGGCCAGGGCGUGGGAGCUGCUCCGGCGGGAGCAGCGUCCCGCGGGGGCCCGGGGGGGGCGGGAGAAUGGGGAGCGGCGGGAGGAGGGCGAGCGUGGGGAGGAGGGGGAGGAUCGCCGCGACGGGGAGCAGGAUGAAGCCAACCAUCAGCGCACCUGCAGUCAGCUGUGUGGAGAGGCAGGCCUCAUAGCCUCCCAAGAGAUAGGGUCACAGGAAGGGAUCCUUCCUGCCAGCCAACCAAAGGUUCUGGCCCUGCUGCAGAAGGAUUUCGUUGGGCGUGGACGCAGAAAGGAAGCAUCCUAUCUUGUUCGUUUUGAGGGAUAUCCGCCCUCACAAGAUAAUUGGUUCAAGGAGGCGGAGCUGAGGAGAGCGAAUUAUGGGCAGAUGGUUGAUGACUACGAGGCAGCGCAUCGUGAGGAGCGUCGCAAUGGCUCUACUCUGCGGGAGACGUCUCAAGAUGUCCAGGACAUGGGCACAGGCACAGAGGGAACUGCUGCUGAGCAUGAGCAGGAUGCAGCAGGUGAUGGCCAAGUUGAAGGUGUCACCACUGGCACCCCAAUGUCUAGAGCACCAAAUAGACGCAGCAGAGUGGCGGAGGAUGCCGCUGGAACGCCCUCUGUCAAACGCCAGAGAACAGGUCACAGCAGCAGAGCGGAGCAGGGUGGAGAUGUGUCUGCAAGUGAGCAAACUCUAUCGAUCGCUGAGCAAGCAGCAAGGGUGUUGCCCUUCAUCGAGCGAAUGGCUCCUGUGGGAUUGCCUCUUGAGCAGCAAGCGGGCCCUUCCACACCCGGAGCUGUCGCUGGCAUGCAGCGAAGUCCUCCCCUUGCAGCUCGUGCUGCGCCAGGGCAUAAUGUGGCUGGCAGCCCUGCAAGUACCACCCCCAGCAAUGUUCCUAUUAGUCUGAGGCGAUCCGAUAUUGUUGAGGAUGACCGCGGACCGGGGUCUUCCUGCCCAGGCAUCCCUCUGGCAGGUCCUCAGGGCUUGUUGAGCGAAGAGGGAUGGAAGGGGGCCAAGAUCAUCAAGGUGCGAAAGGACGCAGACAGCAGUGAGUUGGUUGCUUGGAUCGCAUGCAGGGACGCAACGGAGAUGAAGGUGCCUGUGUCCUUCUUGCACAGAUCGUGGCACACCAGUGUGGCCCUGAAUGAGUUUUUUGAGAAAUUGGCUAUGAAAUGCAAGGGGCGCUCGGGUUAG